UGUGAGCUGUGCGCCUCGCAGUGCGGUGCGCGGCGCGGUGCCGCCUGCCUGCGGUGCGGAGGGGUUUUCACCUGACACUCUCUGCUCGCGUCUUGUCCGCAGGGCCAGGUGACGGACCUCAUGUCCAUGUGGGCGCUCAUGCGCUCCAACGACUUCAAGAACGACCCGCUGUCCGUGUGCAACUGCACGCCCUCGCACAACGGCGAGAACGCCAUCGCGGCGCGCAGCGACCUCAACCCGGCGGGCGGCCGGUACCCGUGGGGCGCGCUGGGCCACCGCAACCACGGCGCCACCGACACCAAGAUCACCAGCUGGGAGCUGGCGCGCGACCUCAUGUUCCUGGGCGAGUCGGGCCCGCCGCACUACUCCGACUCGUGCCCGCCGUUCAGCUGGUCGACGGCCGACUUCGCCGCCACCACGCCGCACGUCGGCCUGCCCGACAAGUGGACCUUCCCGCCCGUCGUGCACCGCUGGGCCUGGGGCAUGAACCAGUUCUAGGCGCCGCCGGCGCUCGCACUCGAACCGUACCGUAACAGCACAUUCUGCCGGCUUCGGCCGGGGCUUCUCCAACCGGCGGCGCGCGCUGACCGCUGACGUCGCUGACCUCGCCGCCCGAACUCUACCCGAGCCGGUCGCGUCACCGUCGCGUCGCCGGGUCACCGCCUCGCCAGCUCAGCCCGCUCUCCACUCAGCCCGCCCAGGCUCAGUCGACUGGGCCGGGCCGGCAGCAUGGCGGACCCGCCGGACCCACAGCAGCGGCCGCUCCUCAACCCGCGGCCCGUCGACUUCGCCAGCGAUAACCUCGCGCUGUCACCCUCGUCGUCGUCGUCGUCGACGGUGGCGUCCUCGACGACGUCCUCGUCGACGAGCGCGCUCAGCAGCUGUACGGCGGACACCGUGCUCGCGCUGGGGGACGGCGUGGACGGCGACUCGUUCUCGGUGUGCCCCAUGAAGACGGUCCCGGUGUCGUCGCUGCUCAUGCCGUCGCCCUGCUUCCUCGUGGCGCUGCUCCUGCUGCCGCCCGUGCUCGGCUUCUUCCUCUACCUGUUCGUGGAGUUCUUCGUGCCCGUGCUCGUGCAGAUCCUCAUGGACAUGUGAUGUGGGCGGCCGGGCGGUGCGACCGGGACCGGCCCGUGCGGGCAUACCCCGCGAGCCCAGGGACCCCGCCGCGGUGUGUAUACGUCUAGUCUCUCUGCGCUGCGGAGUCUAGUCUGACUGAACCUGCUGGGAGGGUACGUUCCUUUGUCGACUGAAUGAAAGUUUUGAGGCUGUGGAUCCGACUGAUUACAGAAGCAAAUAUUUUAGAGUAACUUAUUACGAUUGUUUUUGUGAUUGAAUUUGUCAAUUUUUAUCACUUAUUUAUUAAGUUUAUAGCUAGGAAGUUUUGAGUUUAUCGUCUGCCCGGUACCAUUGUGAUACUUUUUCCUGGUCAUGUAAAGAGAAAUGUGUAUUAAUUAAACAUAUUAUUACUACGGUUCGUUAACAA